UGCUACUCCCAUCUCAUAAACCCUUAAACCCUUUCAAACAGAGAAUCGUAGGGAAAGGAGAAAGCCGCAUAAGAAUUUUCGACAGCCACUACAAAUUUGCGAGUUUUCAAAGAGAAUCUAAACCUAAUUUACUGCGAAUCACACAUUCUCAGUGAGUAAACCAGAUGGAUCAUUUUGCAGCAGCUGAAGAGCAGUUAGCUUCACAGAGACUUAGGCAGAAACUUGAGGAAGUGAAUGCAGCUGCUCAAACUAAUCUUGCUCCUGUUCAAGACCAUGUCAAUUAUACUCUCCAGAAAGCCUAUUUUAAAUGCGCAUAUGAGUGCUUUGAUAGAAGCCGAAGGCAGGACGAGAUAACCAAUUGUGUUGAAAAUUGCAGUAUUCCUCUUUCUAAUGUUCAACAGACGUUUGAGAAUGAGAUGGCGCAGUUUCAGGAGAAGCUCAAUAGAUCUCUAAUGGUUUGUCAAGAUAAGUAUGAAGGAGCUAAGCUUCAAAAGAAAUCCGGAGCGAUGAAUGACAUGAUUUCCUGUGCUGACCAAGCAAUUCAAGACAACAUCAAGAUGUUGCCGCUUCUUGCUAACAAGUUGAAAACUUCCUUUGGUAUUCGCGACGACAACAGUUCUCUCUAGCAAAUUUUGCUUUUCUCAACAUUUAUCUAUUUCUGGAACAUGGAAUACAAAAGUUAAUAUACUUCAUUCCUGUAAUUUUAUUGGUGAUGCAUUUUUAUCCACCAAUAAUUUUGAUGUAUUCGAAGACAUUUAGAAUUGUUAUGCAUACAUAGAUAAUAUUAAUCGUUGAUUUAUUUAUGAAACGAGUUUUUUGCUCUACUUUUUAGAGUGAAUUCUUCACUAUAGAGGAGCUAAAUCUUAUGAUCAACAAAUAAAUUCUUUUGCUCAAGAGAAUCGAGGCCUUUGGCAAAUUUUUGUGCA